GCCAUUGUUCUUUGUUCUCAACUUCCAUCUAUCGGAAAUCCCAUUCCCUCGCAGCAGAAACAAAGCGAUGCGCGCAGUCCUCAUCAAAGAUGGCAAAGGUCCCGCAGAAAACCUAUACAUCGGCGAGGCCCCAAAGCCGACCCCCGCAGCAGGAGAGGUCCUCGUACAGAUCAAAGCCUUCGGUUUGAACCGCCUCGACAUCCUGCAACGCCAGGGGAACUACCCGCCACCCCCCGGCGCGUCAGACAUCAUGGGCGUCGAGUUCUCGGGCGUGGUCGUCGAGAUCGGAUCGGGCGUCGAGAUGUGGAAGGAGGGCGCGGAGGUGAUGGGGCUCGUCGGCGGUGGCGCGUACGCCGAGUUCAUCAAUGUGACCGCCACGCAUCUGUUCCCCAAGCCGGAGGGCUUGUCCUGGGUGCAGGCCGCUGCGAUCCCGGAGGUCUGGUUGACGGCCUUCCAAAGCCUCAUCACCAUUAACAAUCUGCAGAAGGGUGAGGACGUUCUCAUCCACGCUGGCGCAUCCGGCGUCGGCAUCGCCGCCACCCAACUAUCGCACCUCUACGGCGCCAACCGCAUCUUCGUCACCGCCGGCUCCGACGACAAGCUCGCCACGCUCAAGUCGAUGCCCGCCGGCCCCAGCCACGGCGUGAACUACAAGACGCAGGACUUCGCCGCCGAAAUCCAGCGCGAGACAGGCGGCAGGGGUGUCGACGUGAUCCUCGACUUCGUCGGGCAGAGCCACUGGCAGAAGAACAUCAAGUCGCUAGCCGUGGACGGAAGACUCAGCUUGCAGGGUCUCUUGAGCGGCGGGAAGGUGCCCGACUUUGACCUCGCGCCGAUUUUGGGUAAGCGCCUGCGCAUUCAGGGCAGUACGCUUCGCUCGCGCAGCAAGCAGUACCAAGCGGAGCUGAUUCAGCGCUUCGCCCACGAAGUCAUGCCGAAGAUGCAGGCAGAGGGCCCCAUCUCGCCCACGAUACACCAGGUAUUCCCAUGGACGCAGAUCCAAGAGGCGCACAAAGAUAUGGAGGCGGACAAGAAUAUCGGGAAGAUUGUGGUGGAGGUGGUCUGAGGAAGGAUCUCGGUAGAUGUGGGCGAGGAUGCGCUCCGAGGGACAAGAGAAAGGAAGCUGAGGCGGGAAGGGGGAAGUUGUGAACUUCGGGUCAGUCAGCAGAAAAUAUAAUGUACUCUAUAGACGACAAUGCGUGAGGGCGUGCUGCGUCAAGCGAG